AUGGCGAGCAAUUCUACGGAUGAAGCUCCGCCCGAGGUUCAUCACUACAAUUACAUCGGCGAAGUGCCGUGGGAUAUUCAGAAUUACUGGGCGCAACGAUACAAGAUAUUUUCGAGAUACGAUGAAGGCAUCUGGCUCACCGACGACGCCUGGUUUGGUGUGACACCAGAACCCGUCGCCAACAAGAUCGCAGAGGAUAUCGCCCGAGCAGCACCCUCAGGACGCAGUAUUCUAGUAGAUGCUUUUGCCGGCGCAGGUGGGAAUACCAUCGCGUUCGCCCGGACAGGCAAAUGGAAGCGAGUCUACGCUAUCGAGAAGAACCCCGCCGUCUUGCAGUGCGCCAAACAUAAUGCCCAGGUCUACGGCGUAGCGGACAAGAUCACAUGGUUCGAGGGUGAUUGUUUCUCUAUUCUCAAGAAUCAACUCAAGGAACUCGCUCCUUAUAGCGUCAUCUUUGCAAGUCCGCCAUGGGGUGGCCCUGGGUAUCGUUCGGACGAAGUCUUCAAUCUACGGACCAUGGAACCUUACUCCCUCAAAACGCUGUACACCGAGUACUCCCUAUUCACAAAAUACAUCGUCCUCUACCUUCCUCGAACGUCUGACGUGAGGCAGCUGGCGAAACUUGUCAGGGACGGCGAAAAAGCCCCUGUGGUGCAUUAUUGCAUGGAAGGAGCCAGUAAAGCGUUGUGUAUAUACUAUGGUGGCUUUGAUCUUUAA